CCCGCUGCUCUUAUUCCCUCCCCCUUCCCUCUCCCUCUCUCCCUGCUAAUCUCACCGGAGGUAGCACGGAGAUCCCAAAUGGAGCAAAAGCCCCGUUACCACGUGGAGGUAUACUCCCAAACAGCCUCGUCCCCCCUCGAAUUGAAGCGGAGCCCGUCGGAGGUUUGUCUUGGCGAGGCCCUGGAGUACUUACUGGAGAAGCCCAUGAUCGGUCAGGAGGCCGCCGAUACGCAAGGGCACCGCGAUGAAAAAUUCGGCGAACUUCGGGCCAGAGACCGGAGUUUCGCCGAUGCGGAUGUAUUUUUCGGCGACGUCUGCGCCGGCGACCACAGCUUCGCUUUCCAAAAUCGGGAUAUAAUGAAUGGUUUUUCAAGCAGUCAACUGACAGAAACCCUACUCUGCACUCAAAAUCUCACUCCAAAAAACUCCUGCAUCUCAGCAGCCAUGGAUUCCCAGUCAUCGAUUUGUGUGGGCAGUCCAACAUCGGCUGCUAAACCGAUUGGAGGAGAUAACCAAACAAGAGGAGCCUACAGUGGUUCCUCCGGAGAACAAUCGGAUGAGGAUGAUUUCGAGAUAGAAGUUAGUCCGUGUGGAGACGGCACAGAACCCCUCGACAUCAAACGCAUUAGAAGGAAGGUCUCGAACAGGGAGUCUGCUAGGCGAUCAAGAAGACGAAAGCAAGCACAUCUUGCGGAUCUCGAGUUGCAGGUUGAACAACUGAGAGGAGAAAAUUCAACCUUACAUAGGCAGCUAACGGAUGCUUUUCAACAGUUCCGCGAUGCUGAUACAAACAAUAGAGUAAUGAAAUCGGAUGUGGAAGCUUUGAGAGCCAAGGUGAAGCUAGCUGAAGAUAUGGUUGCUCGGGGCUCAAUGACCUCUGGUUUCAAUCAAAUUCUUCAAGGUCAUCUAGGCACGCAACCGCUCAACCCUCAAAAUUUGCGCGGGGUAGCAGCACACGUCUCACCGACUAUUACCAUCCAUGGAGAGGAUGCUCCGUAUGCUGGAAUUGCAGUCUCCGGACAGAAUGCAAGCUUUGGACUCGGAAAUGCUGGUAUGGCGAAUAGCAAUCUGAGUAAUCGGAUGAUGAGCGAUACUGUUAGCUGUGUCUCGGAUUUGUGGUCAUAAAAUAAAACGAUUGUGAUGCCUGUAACCCUGUCAGUUAGAUCGAAUAUGUCUUAUAAGAUGCUUUAGGCAGAUUUCUAAGUAGUUCUUAGAAGUGUCUCCUUUUCUUGGUAUUUUUCUUCUUUCUUUUUUAUGGUUUUCUAGCUUGUACCAGACUCGUAUUUCUCAUGUAAAAUGUCGCAGUUUAUUGAAGAAACUGGAAUGUUUUAAUUGAAA